AUCGGAUAUUAUAUGAAAAAUAUAAUAGUUCUGGUAUAAAAAUUUUUAAAGCAUUUAAAUCUAAAAUACAAAAUCGAAAUUUUAUGCAAAUACAAAAUAAUGUUGAAAAAAUAAACUUUCCUUGUGGUAUACGUAAUUUUCCAGAUAUAACAGAUAAAAUUUCAAAUGGUCGUUCUACAUAUGAAUUUGAAUUUCCAUGGAUAGUAGCAAUUUUUAAAAAUAGUUCAAUUGAAAAACAUGAAUUCAUUUCAUCUGGAACUUUAAUACAUCCAAGACUUAUAUUAACAGCAGCCCAUAUUUUUGAUAAUUAUGUAGAUUCAAAUAGUGCUGAAGAAAUAUCAAUAAUUGAUAAAUAUAAAAAUAAUUUAUAUGUACGUUCUGGUGAUUAUGAUUUAAGUAAUACUAAAGAAUCUAAAGGACAUCAAAUUAAUAUAAUUGAUGAAAUAAUAAUUCAUCCACAUUUUAAUCGUUCAAUAAGUUUAUAUGAUAAUGAUAUAGCAAUUUUAUAUUUAAGAGAUAAUUUUACAUUUGAUUACAAUGUUCAAUCAAUAUGUUUACCACCAGAAAAUGCAAUUUUUAAUAAUAAAAAUUGUUUUACAGCUGGUUGGGGUAAAAAUGGAAGGAAAAAAUUAGGAAAAUAUCAAAAUAUCUUACAGGUAACUGAAACACCUGUAAUUGAAAUAAAUGAAUGUAAAAAAAGAAUUUACCAAUAUGAAAAAAUUAAUAGAAAAAAUAAUAAAAAUUCAUUCUUACCAAUUAAUAAUGAUAGUGUGAUUUGUGCUGGUGGUAAAUUUAAUAAAAAUCCUUGUAAAGGUGAUAAUGGUUCACCAUUAUUUUGUCCAAUUGAUAAUUCUAUUAAUCAAUAUUAUCAAGUUGGUGUUGUAUCGGAUGCAUCAAAUUGUAAUUUAGAGAUACCAACAUUCUUUACAAAUAUUGCAUUUUUUAGACCGUGGAUUGAUUUCAUUGUUACAGAUGCUUUUAAUCUUAAAAUAGAUUUUUACAAAUAUUUUUUAGAUGAAAUUGAAGAAGAUUUAACACCAACUUAUCAACCUAAAAAAUAUAAUUUUUAA